AUGAAUUUAAAUCAUCAAUCAAAUCAACGACUCUUGAGAAAGAAAUUGGAUCUUGGAUACCUUGAAGGCUGUAGACAAACACCCGCGCUAGACAUAAAUGGUCUUCUUUACAAGGUAUGCGUCGCUGCUGCAUCACUUCCAACCAUUGCACUGAUUAUGUGUGUUGUUUGGUGUUUGGCUACAGAUUCAUGCGUUACUACUCAUUGCACGGAUACUAAUUUCCUACCAUCUCUCAGUGCUGCUGUUGGAACAGAUCAGCCUCAAAGAGCAAUAUGGAUCAUAUCCAUUUUAAUUAGUUCUGCUUGGAGGCUUUUGAUCUUACUAAAUAGUUACAUUAAUUCCUGGAAGUUGUUCAGUGUAUUCUCAAAUGGACGUCAAUUUUACCUUCCGAAUUUACUAUAUCUGUCAAGCUUCAUUGAGAUAAUUUCGCUCAAUAUGCUUAGCAUUGUUUCUUCAACUGAUAACUAUAUUCAGCAUCGCAAUUACUUCUGUACUUUUGUUUUGUUCUCAGUGGUUUAUAUGAUGACAGAUGUUUACGUAUCACAACAUAAAAUCAAGCUCACUCAAGACACUUUUCUGGUAAGAAAACCUUUACCCAAUGCAUAUGGACAGUUUGACCAGAUUCCCAACAAUGAAUAGUUUAACUUUGUCAUUUAUUUGAGUGAUUCGCUCAUGUGGACAGACCAUUCAUUGGAGUAAUGUAUUACAAAGGAAGAAACGUUAUAUGGUUUCCUACUUCAUUUGCUUGUUGACUAUAAUGCUGUGUUACUGGAUUCAUGUGACUUUUUGUCCCCCAUAUGUUUACACUGUGUUUUCUGCAGUCGAAUAUGUUGCAAUAUUUUUGAACGUCAUCUACCACUAUACAGCCUCCAGUAUAUUUGAAGAUAUGCCUCUAAGAAAAAUGAUCAGUAACUUUUUGACCGGUCGAACUAUUCCGUUUGUAAAUAUGAAAUCAGAACUACCCUUGUUGGGAAUAAAAUAAAUACUUUUCUG